GCCGAAGGCGAGAGGCGUAUAUCAUCAGCGGACCAGCUGCGGUGCAGGCGCCUGAACGCAUCAUCCAGACAUGGGUUGCUAUGAUUGCUGUAUGCGAUGUUUGGGUGGGGUUCCAUAUUGUUCCCUAGUUGCUACAUUGCUAUGCUUCUCUGGCAUCGCCCUCUUCUGUGGUUGUGGACAUCAGGCUCUUACAGAGACAGAGAGAAUCAUUGAGACUUACUUUGCUCGUAACCUUCAAGACUACAUCACUCUAGCCUACAUCAUUCAGUAUUUCCAGUAUGUCAUCUACGGUUUGGCCUCUUUUUUCUUCCUCUACUGCAUCGUUUUGCUGGCUGAGGGUUUCUACACCACAAGUGCUGCCAAGCAAACCUUUGGAGAGUUCAGGAGCACCAUGUGUGGCCGCUGCCUCAGCUCCUCGUUCAUAGUGAUGACAUAUGUACUUGCUGUGUUGUGGCUGCUGGUGUUUGCCCUCUCUGCAUUGCCGGUCUACUUCUUCUACAACAUGGAUGCAACGUGCCACACCAUCGACGUUCUGACUGAGACCCCAGCAAGUAUCAACCAGCUCUGUGUUGAUGCAAGGCAAUAUGGCCUUCUGCCUUGGAAUGCAGUACCAGGGAAAGCUUGUGGGAUGACCCUGUCUAAUGUUUGCAAAACCAGAGAGUAUCAAAUGACCUAUAACCUGUACAUUGCUGCCUUCGCCGGUGCGGGCAUCACUCUCAUGGCUCUGCUGACCUAUACUGUGUCUACCACCUAUAACUUUGCAGUUCUACGGUAUCUUGGGAGGAAGGGGAUAGGUGCACGGUGUUAAGAACCCGCCUCCACCUUGGGAUCUACAGGAAUGAAACACCUUUUUCAUCUGCACAGAACCACCUGUGGACUUUAGUAAAAUACACGUUUUUAUAUUUUGAUUUUUUUUUUUUUUUUUUUUUUUUUUUUUGUAAAGAUAUUUUUUCUCUUGGUUUAAUGUGAGAAAUUGCUUGGAGGUACAAGAGGGCUCAUUUCCCCAUCUUCAUCAUUGGUAAUCACUGUCUUGUUCACUCCUGGGAAUAUUCUCUACGUUUAAAUUUUUGCUACCCAAAGACCAAAUAACAUGCCUCUAACAAAUUAACAUAUAAUACUUAGAUUCAACAUAUGCAAAUAGAUUGCAGCUGUUAUGGAGAGUAGGGGGGAGUUACCACAGCGACGAGCUCUCACAUCUGGUUGCCAUGGAGGCGUACAAGCAUGCUUUUGCAGUCUCAUGCUGACCCCAGGACUUUUCUCACGGGCUCAAGAAAACCCCGAACAAUAAAGUCAUGCUUGAUUCAAAAGCCGGCCAAUGAGGAGUUGGCUCUGGGGGCCACCUGCUCCAUGAACUCCUGUCAAAGGAUUCUAUUACACACCAAGAGAGAGGGCUUUUGGGAUAAAGGUGGUGGGGGGAGUUGGUCCUCCAUGAAGCCUAAAUGCAGUUUCACUGUGACCAUUAUCCCGUACACACGACAUGCACAUGCCUUUGCAUGAAAUGGUACAUCUAUGUCCCCUGGAAUAAAGCACGGGUAGAGUAUGACAGAAGUCUGGAGAUAACAGGAGCACAGCCUAAAUCUAAAAUAUUUUAGACCAAAAAUGGGAUGCUCCUAUGGUUCAUCUUGUUGUUAAUCUGUGACUGAGUUUCUAGAGAAAAAUAGUUCAUCUUUCCUUAAAAAAUUCUUUAAGAAUUUGUUUGUAGUUAUUGUAUAACACUUUUUUUUAUUUGCUGCAUUCACUAAUUUUUUUUAGGUUAUGACUUUUCUAACUAAACUUUUUACAAUGUAGACAAAUUAUUUUGGCUGUAUGAGGUGGAAUUGUCAGAUGAUGGCCGGUCGUUGUUUUUACUUUUUUUUUCAAAAUGAAAUGAAUGUUUUGAGGAAUUUAGUUCCUUUGACACAUUUGGUUGGAGUCUUUUUGUCUGCAGUAGCAUUUUUGUAUUAUUCCUUUUUUUUUUUUAACGUUUUAACAGUAGCUCUCUCCUUGGCUCACGGCCACUUGCAGGGCCAAGGUGUUUAGUGAAGCAUUUUGUAGAGGGUCUGCUCUUGUCCACAGGUGCACUGCUCCCUUCACUUGGCUGUGUACCAGCUGUACCUAAAGAUGCUAAGGCACAGGGCGAAAGAGGAGAGGAGAGGCUUUGACCUGUACAGGAGGGUGCAGCGGGACAGAGGAGGGACGCAGUGCUCUCCAUACGCUGCAAACACAUUCGACAUCUCAUGACACCACUCGUUUAGCUGAACGAGCUUUUCUUAUUAACAUUUUAAGUUUUUGCUUAAGUUUGCAUUUGUUUGUUUUUUUAUGAAAUAUUUCCUGUUCUAGUUUAAACAUGUUUUAAGUUGUAAAUUGAUGCAUGGGCAGGUGCACACCUUCAUAUUUUGUUUAAAGCUUGAUGCUUAUUUCAUCUAAAUAUGCAGAAUGAGACCAGUUAAGAAAAAAAAUGUGAACUUUAUGAAGUUUUCCUGAAUGGAAAUAUUAAAAAAAAAAGAUUUUCUUUAAAGCAUUUUUCUAUGCCCAAGUCAGAUUUUCUUUACAGUACUGCAGUGCAUGCUCAGUAUCUUUUUAAUAAAACGGAGGGGAGAAAAAAAGUAAA